UCUUCUAACGAGACUUAUCUGGAUCCCGAAGAACUUUACUCAUCCUUGGAAGCGAUCGGACCUAGCAUGCAGCUGUUCCUGAUAGUUCUGUACAGUUGCACUGCUCUGGCAGCUCUUGGUGGAAAUGGAGCUGCCAUUGCCGUACUAUUACUAGGAAAACGGAGGUCUCUAAGAUUAUUCUUGGUGAACUUAGCAUUGUCUGACGUGACAAUGGCAGUUUUUUCGAUUCCCUUCACUUACACGGACUUUGUGCUGGGGCGGUGGAUCUUUCUGCCGGAAUUUUGCCCUGUCGUGCAGUUUGUGCAACAUGCUUCGGUGACAGUGUCAGUUUAUACGCUAACUGUUGUUGGAUUAGAUAGGUAUUAUGCAAUCGUUUAUCCCUUGAGUAAUCGUUGGACGAAGUCUCAUGGUCGCCUUGUCGUCUUCGGGAUUUGGAGUUGUUCUUUGGGGCUGUCCAGCUUUCAGUUAGUACAUGGAAAGGCCGAAAAAUUUGAAGUAGGAGGACAAGAAGUAUAUGACUGUAAUGAAAUCUGGAACGAAUUGGAUGGAAAGAUUUACACUUCAGUUGUAUUUUUGAUUACAUUUCUUAUCCCAAUGAUUGUACUUUGCUACGUUUACGGCAGCAUCGGAUGCAAAAUGUGGGCUCAUCGGACACCAGGGAACGCUGAUGUUUCAAGAGACAGACAACAAAUGGCGGCAAAAAUGAAAGUAGUAAAAAUGAUGGCAACUGUGGUCGCACUCUUCGCACUUUGCUGGCUUCCUAUCCAAGUGUUCGGGUUGCUCAUAUACUUUCAUCCUGAUGCAGUAAUGCCAGAAAAAGACGAAGAUUUCGGCAGUUUCGCAGCUGCAUUCCUCUGCUGCCAUUGGCUGUCGAUGGCAAACAGCUUUGUGAACCCACUAAUAUACUGUUUUAUGAGCGACAAUUUCAGAACGGACCUCCGUCAAUUGCUUUCCUGCAGCCGACGACAAGUGAGGCUCGAUCCACGUGCUUCUACGUUAGUAACAGGAUCUUCCACUUUGAGGAGCGGUUUAAAUGUUGCUCUAAAACCUAUGAAACCAGAGGAGAACAUCCUUCGCCGACCAGUGCGUGAAACAACUUGGCCUGCCCUUAAUCAGCAACAAUCUGUGAAAAUUGCUAUCUUCGACUAA